CCCAAUGGCCAAUUCCUUCCUCUGACUGGCCAGUGCCCGUGCUCUGCCGCCGCCGACCGCACCGCCCGCUUCCGCCUCCCCCAAACAGGUCUCUCGACUCUCACCGUCCUUCCAGCCGAGCUCAUCGCCUUCCUCGCCGCGGCCGUCGCGAGCGGAAACCCCCGCACGCGCCGAAACCCUAGGGUGAUCUCCCUCUGGAACUCUCUCCCCUUUCAGCGACUGCACGGUCAUGGGCAUGACGCCACCCGCUAAUCGCCAUUCCCCUGACCGUCAAAACCGAGAUUACGGUGACUGUGCCAGAACAUGCAGCGGGGACGCCAUCCCCGUCGUCGAUCUCGGCGUCCUCCUCAACGGCGACGCCGAGCAACGGUCGCAGGCGAUCCGGGACCUCGGCCGGGCUUGCGAGGACUGGGGCUUCUUCAUGGUGAUUAACCAUGGGGUGCCCGAGGCUCUCCAAGAAGCAGUGAUGGAUGCGUGCAAGGAACUGUACAGCUUGCCAAGGGAAGAGAAGGCAGAGUACAUUGCCGCUGGCCCAAAGGGUCCUAUACGUGUCGGAACUGGUUUCUUCUACUCUGACGUCGAUGACACCUUAUGUCGGAGGGACUUUGUGAAGAUGAUUGUUCACCCUGAGUUUCACUGCCCUGCAAAGCCCGCAAAGCUAAGAGAGAUUGCUAUGGAGUACUCGACUUGCACUAGAGGCCUGUUGCUGGAGCUUGCGAAGGCAAUCUCUGAGAGCCUGGGCCUUGACAACGGUUGUAUUUCUGAAGCCCUAAACCUUGAGUCCUGCUUCCAGAUCCUCGUCGGGAACAAUUAUCCACCUUACACUGGUUCGGAUGGGGCUAUGGGAAUUUCGGCACACUCUGAUCACGGCCUUCUCACUUUGCUCUUCCAAAAUGGUGUGGAUGGCCUCCAAGUCAAGCACAAUGGGCAGUGGCUCCUUGCCAAGCCCGUUGUGGGCUCGCUCUUCAUUAUCACCGGCGAUCAAAUGGAGAUUGUGAGCAAUGGAAGAUACAAGGCCGUGCUCCACCGUGCAGUGAUCAGUGGUGAGCAGACAAGGAUGUCGUUCGUGAGCCUAAUAGGGCCAUGCCUAGACACUUUUGUCGAGCCAGUCCAAGAGCUGGCACAGGAAGCCCCCCAGGGCAUGGAGUUCCAUGGAAUCAAGUACAGGGACUACAUGGAACACCAGCAGAGCAGCAAGAUCAAUGAGAAAGCAGCGCUGGACAUUGUUCGUGUUCAGCGUGACAUAUUGACGUGUGAUGGUGCACAGAACAAUUCCAUAGAACCUGCUUCUGUAGAUUAGAGUCGUACAAGUUGAUUAGCUGAACAUUUAUGCCUUAGGAAGCGAGGGAAUCAGUGCACACCAAAGCAUAGUAUUUGUGAACCAGCAAAUUCCAUGUUUGAAAUUAUAUUAGUCCUGCUGUAAAAAUAGUAGAUAGACAGACCGAUGGUGCAUUCUACUGGUUACCGUUUGGAGGACAUGGAUAAUAGAAAUACAUGUGUCGAGGACUAGCAGUAAACAGCCUAGUGUGCCGCCAAAGCGUGAUCAAAUUGAUAGGGAGUAUGGUUGCGUGGUCAGAUUUGGUGAAGUAUUGGGUUCGGUGGUUUGAGAGAUUAAUGGGCAUUUGGAUAGAUUGGACAGUAUUGUACUAAUCUAUGUACAGUCAGCUGAGUUUGGGGUGCUGUCCGCUGGCACAACUGUGGCCAAAUGCAGAGUUUGUGGAAAGCCAAACUUCCUCUGGUAAUCAAGUUGUGAACGUGGUUAAUGGCUCAAGAUUGAAUACAUUAUGGAGAACAUGUAAUCUAGCAGUAAA